CAGCUUUGCCUCCGGCCAGAGUGUGCGAGUACCACUUAAAAAUCGUCAAGAGUUGUUUGAGUAGGGCCAAAGAUUACUCACGACAUGCACCACGACACGGAGUUAAGAUGUUGGGCCAACGUUUCCAGAGAAGAGAACUGAAGCUAAUCACCAUGUCUGCACCCGCUCCAGUAGCUCCCAAGAAGAAGGUGGCGAGGAAGCCCAAGAAGCCCGCGGCCCACCCACCGGUCGCCAAGAUGGUGGCCGCCGCCAUCGCUGCCUUGAAGGACCGCAAGGGAUCCUCCCUGCAGGCCAUCAAGAAGUACAUCGCCGCCAACUACAAGUUCGACGUCGUCAAGCAGGGCCAUGUCAUCAGGCGUGUCGUCAGGAACAUGCUGGCCAAGGGUCUGCUCACCCAGGCUAAGGGCAAGGGCGCCGCCGGCUCCUUCAGGCUCGGCGCUGCCGCCAAGAAGGCUCCCAAGAAGCGCAAGGCGAAGAAGCCCAAGGCCAAGAAGGCAAAGAAGGCCAAGAAGGCGAGGAAGCCAAAGGCCAAGAAGGCAAAGAAGCCAAAGGCCAAGAAGGCAAAGAAGGCCAAGAAGCCAGCAGCCAAGAAGGCCAGAAAGCCUGCCAAGAAGACCAAGAGGGUGGCGAAGAACAUCAUGCCGCCAAAGACCCCAGGAAAGGCCGCCAAGAAGGCAGGCAAGGCCCGCCGUGCAGGUGGAGCCAAGAGGAGGAGGAGAAGGAGGGAGUCCUUCGGUAUCUACAUCUACAAGGUACUCAAGCAGGUGCACCCCGACACCGGUGUCUCCAGCAAGGCCAUGGGCAUCAUGAACUCCUUCGUCAACGACAUCUUCGAGCGUAUCGCUGGCGAGGCUUCCCGCCUGGCUCACUACAACAAGCGCUCCACCAUCAGCAGCCGGGAGAUCCAGACCGCCGUGCGUCUGCUGCUGCCUGGCGAGCUGGCCAAGCACGCCGUCAGCGAGGGCACCAAGGCCGUCACCAAGUACACCAGCUCCAAGUAAACUACUUCGAACGGCAAACA